AUUCAGACCGCAUUCACUCAACCAUUACAUCCUGUCAAUAACAGAAAUCCAGGCUUGAUUUCUGUUGCGCACAUCAGAACGCUUUGAUCCACUACCAGAACAUUAGGAUUGAAUUGGUUUCUUUUUUUUUUAAUCUUUCUUUUUCAGCAUCUCGCUCGGACGAUCAACCCCAACCUACCGUAAAAAAAAAAAAAAAUCCUCCAAUCGACUUUCUCUUUAUCUCUCUUCAACCUUUACCGAUACCCUCGUUUGCAACGAGUACAACAACGGCAACAAAAGUAGAAAAGAUGCAGUUCAAGUCAGUCGCCUUUGUGCUGGCCACCGCGGUCAUGGGCAUCAACGCUGAAGAGGUCACCGGCCAGCUUGGCGAUGCCAAAGUCGUGACCAACAACCCUGCUGGCGUCGUGUACGAGGCCGAGCUGCCCGAGACCGCUUUCACCAAGGGAUCGGCCUACGCAGCGGGAGGAAAUGUCAAGGGCUCCAUCAGCGCCACUGCCGCUGCGGACGGCGCUGGUGUCGUCUUCACGGUCAAAUUCUCCAACUUGCCCAAGGAGGGCGGUCCAUUCAAGUACCAUCUCCACGUUGAUCCCGCAACUGGAGGCAACUGCACCGCAACCCUCGCACACUUGGAUCCGUUCGUGCGCGGCGAGACCCCUGUAUGCAACGCGACUGCCCCCCAGACUUGCCAGGUUGGUGACUUGAGCGGCAAGCACGGUGAAAUCACGUCGGACCCCUUCGAGGCUACGUACACGGACAAGUUCGCUUCGACCCACGAGGGCAUCGGCGCCUUCUUCGGCAACCGCUCCUUCGUUCUACACUACGCGAACAAGACCCGCAUCACCUGUGCCGACUUCAAGCGCAAGGGCCUCAAGGGACGCGAGAGCGGCUCGCCCGGCCAGGCCAAGCCGACUGGCGCCGGAUCGGGCUCGGGCUACGCCUCUGGAACCGGAGCCACACCUGCGCAGACGGGCACCCUGCCAGUCGAUGCCGGUGCAGCCAAGCUCAGCAUUGGAAUGGCCGGCUUCUUCGCCGCCGCAGCUGCUGCUCUCAUGUAAUGAUGAGCAAUUGACACGGUAGCCCAGCUAGGGGCCCUUUGUCGGACUUAAUAUUGAGGCGUCUUGCUUCCUGUUUCCAUGAUACCACAUACGGGGGCAAUCUCUGCAUUAGAGAGGGGGGCGUUUCGGAGUCUCUUUUGUUUUUUUUUAUGCUUCUGGUUUUUUAUUUUGUUUUACUCUUGACUUCUUCUUGGUACUCUGCUCACUCGCCUUGGCCGAUAGCCUACUACCUGGUGUGCAUACGGACACUAUUUUUUUUCUUCUUCUUCCCUCGUUUCUGUUGUCAAAAGGCUUGUAAUCAUAAUUUUUUCGCACAUAGCUUUCUGGCGCACGGCUUCUGGAGUUCAGUUUGUGAUUGACCCGGGAGAGAUGGGAGAUACCGAGACUGGACUUAGUCUAGAAUUUUUGACAAUAAAGUAAACUUUUGUUUCUAAGCUUUUUUGUUCCUUUUCCCCCUUGAAUCAUAUUGCUCUUCUUCUUUUUGUUCUACCGCGGUAAUACUUGCGAACAGCGCGCAUUCUUUUUGAUGCUCCUCUCGGUGUUCUUUGACGUGGUCCGACUCAACACAGACUGCCAAUUGACUUGGCUCCAGGAACGUGCG